AUGCCCAGCAUCUCCAUGAGUCCUGUUGUGAGCCUCCCAAAGCCCAGCAUCUCCAUGAGUCCUGUUGGUGAGGUCCCAUGGGGUCAGGACGCCUCCAUCACUUGUUCCAUCUCAACUCAGCAUUUAGGUGGAACAUUCACUCUGCAACAGACCUCAGGCUCAUCCAAAAAGACCAAAGCAUCAAGUACCAACUCUGUUACCUUCAACAUUUUGCAAGUUAACUUUGGAGAUGAAGGAUCGUACCAGUGUCAGUAUCAGACAGGGGUUUCAGGUCGAGACUUCAGCUCCAACUUAAGUGACUCUGUCAGACUCUCUGUUACUGUGCCGCUGCAGCAGCCCAACAUCUCCCUGACGUCUCCUAACAAAGGGCUGGUUUGGGGCCCUGAAGGUGAAGAGGUCACCAGGGGUUACAGCUUUGUCUUCACCUGCUCCAUUUCCUCCCAUUAUCCCGGAGGUGUUUUCUUUCUCGUGUCCUCCGGCUCCGGCCUCAACAACACCAAACCAGCAGUCGACCACUCAGCCUCCUUUGACUUCCCGUGGGCCGAGUAUGAGCACCUGGGGAACUACGUCUGUGUGUACCAAGUCACACUGUCUGCACGGAGAUUCACUUCCAUCGAGACACCCUCGAUUACUGUCACCAUCAAAAUGUCUGUCCGACUCAACGAUUAUGAAAAUAACACGAAUGGAGACGAUGAUGAUGUGUACGAGAACGUUGAUCCAGCCCACACUGAGAAACUCAGAGAGGAAGCAGGGAGGGUGGAAGAAGAGGAGUAUGAUGUGUAUGGGGAGUCUGAGAUUAAUGAAGACGAUGGUCAUGAUUCUGAUCAAGAAGAAGAAACCAGUGAUGAUGAAGAUGAUUAUGAAAAUGUCACCCAGCAAUUGGUUGAAGCAAAUGUGGACAUUUAG